AUGAAAAUACUUGAUAACGAAGCCUAUAACGACGCCUAUUCUGAGAUUUGUGGUUAUAUAUCAAUCGCUUGUUGGUUCAUAGUUUUAUUUCCACAAGAAGUUAAAAAAGAUCAUUCUUUAUGGAUCCUUAAAGAACAAAUGGAAUUGUUACCACAGAUGUUUGGAUGGAUUAGCGCAUUUCUUUAUCUCGGUUCUCGAAUUCCACAAAUUCUCCAAAAUUAUAAGAGUAAAUCCACUGAAGGCUUAUCAUUGGCCAUGUUUUGUUUUAGUUUAUUAGGAAAUCUUACAUAUUGUUUGUCUGUCGUAUUACAUUCAACGGAUCCAGAAUUUUUGUUGAUAAAUUUAUCUUGGUUAAUAGGAAGCGGCGGUACCAUGAUUUUUGACAUAGUG